CUUGGAAUGAUCUUCGUGUUCUGAGGAGCGCCACUUGUGAACUUUCUGGACUUUGCUGCAACACUGCGGACACUUGCGCACUUAUUACCUAGUAUGCCAGAAGCCCCAGACACCCGACUUUCGAGCGUGUCGACCCAGCCCAGCAUUGAGCAGUCUCUGCGGGUGUGGUUGGAUGCGCAUGCACACCACUUUCACAGACCCACGGCCAUCGAUCUCACAAACGAGAUCGAAAGGCGGCUUGGUCCACAGCACAACCGACGACACAAAAAGCGACGAAUGCUGUGGAUGAUGGCCUGUUCUGCCAUGGUCCUCACCGGUGCCGGCAUGGCAGUCGCGAUCGUCGUGGGUCGAACCGUGGCUGGCACAUCGACCUCCGAGACCAUCAUUAGCCCAGUCCAUGUGACCACCGCCACCCACAUGCCGUUGCCGACGACGACGGGGACAUUAUCAGUGGCGGAGGCAGGCCAUCAUGGGGCUCGACUCGCGACUGUGAGCAUGAGUCCAACGCCAUUGACCAGUUCGACCAAAGGCGACGACAUAAUGCAGAACGUUACGGGGCUCUCGUUCGACCAAGAUGUUGGCUCGGUGAUGCCAGUGACCAGCAGUGCACAGAGUAGUGGUGACGAAAUGGACGAGAAAGACCACUCGGACGAGAAUGAUGACCCAGACGUGGAAGACGACCAAGAUGUGGAAGUUGACGAGGAGGAUGAGGAUGGAGAUGCCGACUACAUGAUGGUGGCAGGUCGAAUGAUGAUCUUGCAAGGCGGAGAAGCGAGUGGCGGCGGCAUUUGUCCGCUAGAAGACGGCGGCACGACCUUUACAGACCAAGGAACGUUCAACGGCACCACUCUCAUGCACCAUGUCAACGUGAUGCGCGAUGCACUCGGACUGCCGCGCGUGAGAUGGAGCGAGGCGGAAACUUUUGCGGUGCAAGAUUGGGUUGCUACGGCAAACACGUCGUGCCUGUCGACGGCGUCGCCCAUGGAACCUCCACCCAUCAACUUUCUCCUGCUGGAUGAGACAACUUUUGCAAAUGCUUCGUUCCGGUACCCAAUCAAGGAAUGGUACCUUGCGGGGAACUCGCAUUGGAACUACACGAGCAACGCUUGCGUCGACGGCAUGUACGACGUGGACUGCUACCGGUUGAGGUAUCUGGUCGGAUCGUCGGCAAUGGGGUGCGACGUGUCGUGUGCUUGUCCUGGAGAAGACCCAAAGCUACGCCGACUCUGGUGCUCCUUCGACCUGCCUGAAGGGUUCGCCGACAACUCCACCAUUCCCGCCCCAAUCAACCUGAAGACCAUGGAUCUUACCUUGCUUGAAGCGAACGACCUUGGGCCAGCCGCAAGUGGCCAAAGCGAUGACAACUCCAUCCGCUUCCCAUCUGAUUCCUAGUUCUUCGUCAAACAGUAUAAAAAUUCAAAAUAUGUCACACUUUCUA